UCUAUCACUUUCUGCCUUGGUUGAUUACGAGACAAAUACAUCAUCCAAAGAAACAUAAUUAUGUGAUAAUCACCUUUUAAAUAGCACUACAAACAUUCUAUUUUAUACUUGUGCGUGAGCCUUGCCUUGCCUUGCCAGGAAAUCAGCAUAUCGGAGACGAUUCUUGAGAUGAAAAUUGCCUGUUUUUAUAUUGCUGCAUGCAUGAUAGUUUGUAGACCAUAUUGCUUGCCUAGAGACAUCUGAUCAUUGUGCUUGUAUAAGACGUGAUAGAAAUGAAUGCAUGAUCUACAUCUACCUCACACCCCACUUCAUGCAUCAUGGCUCUACUUCGUCUCUAUACACUUGAUAUCACCUGUAACGGUUUGACGAGAAGAAAAAAUGGUUACAUCGAUCAGAUCAACAGACCAACAGGUGGAGAUUCGUGUACUGCUGUCAUCGUAGCUCCUAUUCAUAAAGAUAUCAUCUUCACUAUAAAACAGAUGUAUAUAGACUGUGAUGCAGGUGAAUCAUUAGAAAUCAGAAUAGGAGAAUCGAGGCGGAGGUUAUGCGGGAAACAAUACCAGGUUACUAUGGAAACAGAGAGUAAUGUUAUAGCGAUUGAACAUAAAACACACAAACAAGGGCAUGGCUAUCAACUUCUCUAUCAUUUACGGAAAAGCCGACAUAAAAAUGAUUGUGAUAAACUGAUAACAGACAGAAAGACAAUAGUCACGAGUCCAGAGUGGCCUUCUAAGUAUCCAAGCAAUAUGAACUGUACCUAUAGGUUUGUAGGAGAUCCUAGUAAGAAGAUUACUUUUAGAGUUAAAGUAUUCAAACUUCAAGGAAAGGAACCAAGGUGUAAGCACGAUAAACUAGAGAUGAUAGAUCUAUUAACCAAUGACAAGCUAACUCGAUGUGGUACAUCAUCUUCUAAGUACAGCAUACGUCUCUCGGGAUACGAUGGGUUAAUUCGAUUCACUUCAGAUGAUAAUGUACAACUUGCUGGGUUCAAACUCAUCGUGUAUAUUAAAUAAAAAUGAAUUUUUGUCAAUAUGCCAAAAAUGUAUUCAUUCUCUAGAAAACUAUUUGAUAGAAAGCCCUACAUUAGAAUGUUAUUGUGUACCCAAUUUUUAAUUUGGACAUUGUUGGAACUUGGAUUUUGGAAUUGGCUUGCUAAAAAAGCAAACUAAGCUAAUUGAUCUGACUAUGACGAAAUAUUUUGGAAAAUUGGUUUCGGUUCGGUAUGAUUGAAUUAUCAUUUCGUUGGACAAAAUUAUUCUGCUGCAAUGACCAUAAAUGUUCGGAUCAGAUAAUGAACAUACUUCUAAUGUGGGGCUUUCUUAUGUUUUGUUUUUCUCGUUACACAAUUCCAAAAGUACUAAUUGUUGUAAUUACUUUUUAUUGCUAUGUUGUCAUUGCGUACCCUUUGGUUAAGCAAUGUUAUUGAUAAGGAAGAGCGUGGUAACGUCACGAUGUUUUACUCAUUCAUGUAUCACGAACGUUAUUCCGAUAUUGAAUAACAUCAUGCAUCACAAACAUCAUAUUCCUCUUUUUGUGGAUAGGAUUUUGAUGAUUCAAUUCCUUGUAAUGUUUUGCCCAUAUUGCAAACACUUGUUUUCUUGUCAAUUUUAAAAUGCAGGACUAAUCUGCCACGAGGUCCAUUAUAUGUAAAUACCAAAUCUUGCCAUAUUUUAUCAUAUUUUACAUAUUUUAAUGGAAAAACAUUCAAUGUAAAUGCCAUAAUUCAUGCCCUUUAUAUCUAUAAUGUAGAUAUUGAUUUUAAUAUUGAUAUUUUGUAUUAAAAAAAAACUAUUUGGAAAAAAUAUUGAUGAAAUUGUUACAAUUGCCUUUUGGAGUAUAGAAACGAAAAGGGGAAAGAUGAAAGGGGAAAAAAUAGUUGCGGUAUAAUUUUCUGAAAGAAGUUAAGAUACGUUUGGACAUCAACGGUAAACAAAAGUGUAUGUGAGUUUGAUUAUUUUGUUUUAAUAAAUAAAGUAAAAGAAAAAAAGAGAUUCAUGCCCUUGCUUUCUUGGCAGGUAUUAAGAUAUCUAAGUAUUGGAGCAUAUUUUAAAAUUAUUAUUAUUCAUUGGGCUUUUAAGAAAUGCAAUGUCGCUGUCCACUAUUUCAAGAAAUAAUCAAAUUAAUCAAAAUAAAUGUGGAACCAUAGAAUGUGAGGCUUCGCGUCAAGGGACGGUAUAUAUUUAUGUCAUCGUAAUCUAUUAUAUCAUUAUUGGAUAAUAUUUCUUGCCCAUAAUACCUCAAUUAUAUUUAUCUCUAUAGCAUUUAUUUGUUUCAGUUAUUUAGUUAAUAUUGUUUUCUGAAAAUGUGUGGUCAUGAUGGUCCUAUAAUUACAUUCUACACUAGACUUCAUGACAAUCCUUUGUCACAAAUCUCUUAUCUUAUUUAUUCAUGGUAUAAUA